AUGAAUAAACCAAUUUAUAAGGAGUAUCAAACUCAUGAAGGUGACAAUGAAGAUCCUAAUAAUACCUAGAUGGUCUAAAUUACUGAUGAUAGCAGUUUAAAUCGAAUUAAUGAUACUAUAAAAGAUUCCAUGAAUGACUACAAUAAAUAUGGAGCUCAAAACAUUUAUUCCCCAUCCAACAGCAUUCAUUGUAAAUAACAAUUGAAAGAUGACUCAUCCUAAAAUCCCAAACGCUUAUAAUUGGUUAUUUAAAAUUAGAGUGAAUCGGAUAAACUAAUCGAAUAGAAUACUACUGAUCAUGGGGAUAAGGAAGAAAUUUCUAAAACUUAAAAGGGCAUGUUGGGCUCAUAAACAAUUUAAUACCAAAAAAAGAGAAUUCAAUUUAGGAAUCCGCAUUAUGAAUUUAAGUAGAAAUCCAUUAAGGAAUACAAUUGGAAUUCUGAAGUUAUGUAAAAAUGGAAAUUUAGCAUUAAUAUUGUUAUUUUUGUACUGAGUCUAAAAAGAGGAAUUAAACAGAGGAAAUAAAAAGGAAUUAAAACUACUAAUAGUGAACAUACAAAUAACAUUAAACAAUCUAAUUUUAGACUUCGAGAUUGUGGACUCACUAUUCUUAAAUUAAUGGUUGGCAUUUCAUUGGCAUUACUUACUAGUCUACUGCUCUUUCCUUUUAUUUUAAUAUCCGAUUUAUUCAUGAGAAUAUACACUUACAAUAACUUAUAUGUGAGAUAUGCUCUAUCCCAUGAGAAUCUAUUCUAUAAAUUCAUUUUACUGAUUCAAUUAUAUAUGUAUGCCAUUGCAACUGCUUUUGCAAUUGUUAUCAAUCUCUAUCAAACCAUCAUUACAACUAUAGAACUCAUUUAUAACAUAGUUGGUACCUUGUAGAACAAUAUAUCAAACCUCUCCAGAUUACUAUUCUAAACUAUCCAAAAUCCAUUCUCAAAAUAAAAAUGA